AUGAACUUCAUGGAAGGGAUCCCUGUCCUGCCCGGAGUCAUGGGAAAUCUCCCCGGAGCUGGAUCCUGCCUCCCACGUGGAUCACCUCUUGUCCGAGACAAAUCUCCCAGUCUCUUCCAAAAUAUGCUUCGUAAUAUUCCUGGAGCUCAUGAUUAUUUGUCGAGUUUGUUGCCUUCACCACAUGUGGAUAUUGACGCACUUAUGGGAAAGUACCAAUGGGCAGUUGACACGCCAUCUGCUCAUAAUCGCUUCUGUGCUACCACUGAAUUCCAACGAACCGCUCAAGCUGGGAAUUCGUCAUCGUUCAGUCUUCAAGAAAAAUUCCGAACAAACAGCGAAGAAGGAGGAGAAAAGGUAGCAUUCGGUUAUGGAAUUAUCACAGGAGAUCGCACUUAUGUGUACAUGCAAGAUGAUCCUUGCCCAUGUGAGUUCUUUUGCUCUAUUGAAAACCUUAAAAGUAAAAGCAAAUAA